ACGCAACGUAUAUAUAUAUAUAUAUACAUACAUCGCCUAGCAGAUUGGUAGUCAAGACGUCGAAGACGACUUGGUCUCUGCGCCUCCUCUGUUCUGUUCCAAGCAUUCCAUACCUUCUCACUGUAGCUCUCCACCUCUGCAAACAACUCCCACCAUGCCUCCCCUCUCACUCCGCACCCCUCUCAACUCUCUCCUCCCCGCCCUGCGUCAUCCAAUCAUCCUCGCCCCCAUGGCAAACGCCUCUGGUGGUCUCCUCGCCUCUCGCGUCUCCCACGCAGGCGGCUUCGGAUUCAUCGGAGCAGGAUACUACACUCCUUCUAAGCUCCACGAGGAACUACAGCACGUAUUUGAGGUGCUAGGAGUACCAGGGAGGGGGAGUGCCAAUCGUUUAGAAGUGGGAGUAGGGUUCCUAGCGUGGAGAUUGAGCAAGCUUAAUGGCGGGCCCGCACCCUCUCUUGGUGCUUCCGAUCUGGAUCCUGCAAGCGAGGCACUCCAACUCAUCGAUACAGCCCUCAAGGCCAAGCCUCGAGCCGUGUGGCUUGCUUUUGGAAAUCCAGAAGAAUUGGUAGGAUGGUCUAAAGUUGUUAGGGAGAGAGAGGCAGCAUUACAUGGUGGUGGAAGGGCCAAGUGGGGGAAGGAAUUGAAGUUGUUUGUUGGAGUUGGGAAUACAAAAGAGGCAAAGUGGGCUACAGAGGAGAUGGGAGCGGAUGUGCUUGUGGUGCAGGGCAUCGAAUCCGGUGGUCAUUCUCUGGGCACUUCUCCGCCCCUCUCCUCUCUCCUCCCCCUCAUCAACUCUCUUCUGCCCAGCUGGUCUCCUUCCUCCCCCUCCAACAACCCUCCUCUCCUGCUAGGCGCCGGUGGCCUCCACUCAGGCAGUACCCUCCUCAGCACCCUCUCCCUCGGUGCAGCUGGAGCCGUCUUUGGUACUCGCUUCCUCUUUACUCACGAAGCCGCUUACAGUAAAGAGCAAAAGGGAAUGCUGGUAGCGGCAAAGGAGGGUACGACGGUUAGGACACGCGCAUUUGAUGAAGCGAGGGGUACAUUGGGUUGGCCAGAGGGAGUGGAUGGAAGGGGGAUACUCAAUGAGACUGUCAAGGAUUUUGACGAGGGUAAAGGCAGUGUAGAGGAGAGAAAGGAGAGGUACAAGGAGGCAGAGGCAAAGGGUGAUACGAGUAGAAUUGUCACUUGGGCUGGGAGUGGAGUGGGGAAUAUCAAUGAGGUGACGGGGGCGGAAGAGGUUGUGCAGCGCAUCGCUACAGAAGUGGCAGAGGCGGCGGAGAGGCUGAGGGGAUACAUGACCUCGGAGGAAGAGACAGGAGCCGGACAGUAGAUAUCUCUUGAAGUCCAGAUGGAGAGCGCAUAAUCAUACCACUUAGAUCUAAGAGGAGCAUGUAAUUAGUAUGAAUGUUGAAGAGAACAGAAGAUUGAAUGAUACAUGUAUAGUGCUGGAU